GUUUUUGGUGAUUCAUCUCUUUCUGAACUGGGACUUUCUCUCCAAUGGCUGUAGUAUGUUCUGAAGCAGCCUCACAACGACUCAGAGCACAGGUUUGGGUCUUGAAAGUUUCUAUUCACUGUGAAGGGUGCAAGAGGAAGGUUAAGAAGGUUCUUCAGAGCAUUGAUGGUGUUUAUACGACUAUCAUUGACUCAGACCAACAGAAAGUCACGGUCACUGGAAAUGUUAGUCUUGAAAGGCUGACCAAGAGGUUGGCCAAAGCAGGUAAACAUGCGGAAAUAUGGCCAGAAAAGCAAGGGGGAAAAGAGAAACAACUCAUCAAGAUGUUGGAGACUAACAAAGGAAACAGCCAAGAAAAUGGAAGAAGUCCGGGUGCUAAUAAAGCUUCAGCAAAGAAGGUUGGGUUUAAGGUAAGCCCUGUCGAGAACAAGCGUAAAGAACAGAAUGAAAAGUCUAAGAAUAUUGAAAGCUCUUCCAGAAGGCCCUCGGCGGGGUCAUCCGACUCCAAGGAGAAUGCUAUUGGACAUGAGGGUUGUUCUCCAGACAAAGGUGGUGCAGGGAAAAGUGGUGAAAAGAAGGAAACAAAGGGGCAACCAGGCAUUAGUGAUAAAUCAGGUUCAAACCACCAAAAUGGACAUGGGACACUCAAUGUGGAUCCAGAUGUGGGCCACAAAAAGGCUAACCCACUGGCCCAACAAAUAUACACCGGUCCAAAAGGUUGUUUUGUCCCUCCACCUACUUUGGGGUUAAAUUACAAUGCGCCGCAUUUAGGUAAAGGUCCUGAAUUUCUUUACAAUGUCCCACCGAUUCCAUCUUCAUAUUCAAAUGAUCAGACAGAAAAUUACGAGGAUCAAGCGAAGUCACAGGCCUACCUGGAUUAUUUUAGUGAAGAGAAUGCCCAUGGAUGCUUCAUCAUGUGAUCUACUAAUAUCCAGCCAAUAUCAAACCAAGGACAAAACAAGAUGAUUUGAAGUGCAGGUUUUAAUGUUGUAAAACAGCUGAGGAUGAGUAUAGAUGUACAUGAGUGAGAUCCUAAAUGACAAGAAGGUUAACAAGUAGAAAAGUUUUGAAGGGUUGGGUGAUUCUAAUUUUUGGGUUAAAAGAACUUCAGGGUUAGUAUGCUCUCUAUCACGUGAAACUUUUUGCAGAAGCUAUCUAAUGACUCUGACUAUUAAGUAAUCUAGAAAAAUAUUCAAUUUCAAUUUCAUCCCAAAAAGUAAAUUGAUUUGAAAAUUUUCAUCUUGAGAUAUUUUUUUUCUUGUUAGAACAAAUCAAUUUAUAUUACACCAUGUACACUGUAUAUCCAUACAGUAUAAUGCAUUUUUGGUUACGCUUUCACUAACAUUUUAUUCUCCACUCAAAUCCAAAACCCAUCUGACAUUAGCAUCUAGAGCUAACUCGGCAAAAGGUAAAUAGAGAAAAUGACAAAAGAAAUCAAAAUAGUAUGUAAUUGCUAGAGUUUUUCCAGCAUCUUGGACCCAAGCAAUUCAUAAGAAAACGAUAAUAUUAGCAUUCUCAGACCAUUUUUGCCUAGUAUUUUGUCCAUCUUGGACCAACCAGUUUGCCAGUAAGUGUAAUUUAGCAGCUAUAACUAGUGAAAAGAGAUGAUGACAAUUCCCUGUGAUAUUUACAGGCGAACUCAACAGGGGAGAAGGGAACCAUAAACCAUCACAAUCACUAGGAAAGCCACAUGUAAACAAAAGUCAAUGCCUAAACCUGGAAAUGUUCUUAGCAGUCAAGCCUUUGUGGGAUCCAAAACUAAGUGAAUAUAUCAAAUAAGAUGCAGAAUCUUACAGACCCUACAAGAAGUCCACUAGUUUCAUUUUUUUAACAUGCACAUUUAACUAAAUGGAAGUGAAAAAACAAAACUACACUUUUUCAAUAUUAAUAUUGAAAAAGAUAGUAUAACGUUAUCUUAGACAUUGACCACAAUGGAGAAGGAACAAUGAUAUUGUGAUUAUUAUUUCCGGUGAUAUCAUUCAGACCCUAAGACAAUCCUUCGAGGUUGGAUCCAAACUUUAACUAUUCUUCAAUCUUUCAGCAAACCAUCUCUAAGAACAUGGAGACUUCACUAUAAUUAAAAUGUAUUUUAUUGUAAAGGUACAAGAACCUGAUUUGAGAACAAGAGGUUCAUUGAUCAGAUUUUGAGAUAAAUAAUGAAAAGAAAUAUAGGACCCUAUCACAAUCAAUUGUCACUCACUCAGAUAAAUAAGGAAUGACAACUACAACUACAGAGUACAAGUGUAUAACUACGGAAUAAAAAUGAGCUAAAGCAAGCAAAAACAGCCAAAUUUAA